AUGCUACUCCUCCCCUUCCUGUCCCUACUCAUCUCGUGUGUCUAUGCCGAUGUAAACAACUCGUCAAAUACAUCACACUCUUACCUGAAGACUUCCCUUCACGAUGAUGAAAUCACUCGUCGCCUAUCACGAGAUACCAUCCAAGGCAUUCGAAAGAUGUCAUCUGACGAGGGCGAGAAAUUCUUCCUCUCAUAUUACAAUUUCGCUGGGUCAACUGAUGGAAAUUCCACUCUCUCCGAGAGAGACCUGGAUCCUAAGUACGAAUAUCCUCUCCUGGCCCGUUCUUUCCCCUUCCAAUCCGCUUUAGAAAAAGAAGGAACUGCUUUCGGUCUGGAAACGAGAGAUUUCAAGUGUCCGACUGGGACAAACGCGUGCACGUCCAUCGGCCGCUCGAACCGGUGCUGUAGCACUGGCAGUACGUGUGAGAUCGUGACGGAUAUAGGGUCUGGCGAUGUGGGAUGUUGUCCGGCUGGUGAGCUUUGUUCUGGGACUGUUGGAUCUUGCGCGAGUGGAGUUAUAGGUGCUUAUAUCUCUGUUGUGACGAUUACGGUUGAUUCGAGUGUUGUGGUUUCUACAGAGACAUUCUCCACUAUUCCCCAGAGUACGCAUUCUACUCAUUCGACGACUUCGACGUCGACAUCGACUGAGUCUAGCAAGACGGAAACUACUGAUAGCUUGAGUCCGCCGGCGAGACCUACGAGUCUGUCGACUACGACUCAUUCUACGACUAGUCGUGUGGAUAUUUGUCCCACUGGAUUCUAUGCUUGUUCGGCGGUUUACCAUGGUGGUUGUUGCCAGACCGGGAGAGAUUGCGAUACCACGUCUUGCCCAACGACCUCUUCGACGACUUUCACCUCGGAUGGGGUCACGAUCGUAGAGCCUGUUGUGACGGGAUCCUCUGACCCGACAGGGAAAUGCGCUAAUGGCUGGUUCAGCUGUGCGGAUACUGUAGGCGGCGGGUGUUGUCCGUCCGGGUAUGCAUGCGGACAAAGCUGUACGGCGACCGCAGCGCACUCCACCGUUGCCAAGGAACAGGCGACUGCGACGAGUAGUGGGAGUCGAGUAGAGGUGCAUUUGUCAAUUUGGGUGUUUGCAAUUAUAUUGUCAAACGGUCGCCAUCAUGUCCGACAAGCCGCAGCAGCCUCUCCCCUUCAUUUACCAGUUCGCCGCAGGUGCGGUGGCUGGUACCCAUUGGACGUUGUCAAGACCCGAGUUCAACUUCAGUCUGGAGUCCCCGUCCCGGGCGCCGAACACUACAAUGGCAUGUUCGAUUGCUUUAGCAAGAUUGUCAAGACCGAGGGUUUCUCGCGCCUGUACCGCGGUAUCUCCGCGCCCAUCCUGAUGGAGGCGCCUAAGCGUGCUACCAAGUUCGCCGCCAAUGACAGCUGGGGCAGCUUUUAUCGCAACGCGUUCGGCGUCGACAAGCAGACGCAGUCCUUGGCUAUUCUGACCGGUGCCACCGCCGGAGCGACAGAGGCGUUUGUGGUUGUUCCCUUCGAGUUGGUCAAGAUCCGUCUGCAGGAUAAGGCGUCGGCUGGCAAGUACAACGGCAUGUUGGAUGUCGUGAAGAAGAUCGUCAAGACGGAAGGUCCCCUGGCCAUGUACAACGGUCUGGAAUCCACUUUGUGGCGUCAUAUCCUGUGGAACGCUGGUUACUUUGGAUGUAUCUUCCAGGUCCGCGCGCAGCUGCCUGCUCCUGAACCUGGUAACAAGAGCCAGCAGACCCGUAACGAUCUGCUCGCUGGUUCUAUUGGUGGUAUCGCUGGUACUAUCCUCAACACUCCCAUGGAUGUGGUCAAGUCGCGUAUCCAGAACACUACCAAGGUGCCCGGCCAGACACCCAAGUACAACUGGGCCUGGCCUGCUGUUGGUACCGUCAUGAAGGAGGAGGGCUUCGGCGCGCUGUACAAGGGCUUCAUUCCCAAGGUUCUGCGUCUCGGCCCCGGUGGUGGUAUCCUGCUCGUCGUGUUCACCGGAGUGAUGGACUUCUUCCGCAAGAUGCGCGACGAGAAAUAA